AUGAGUGUAGUGCAAAAUAUUAUAUUUCUAAAAAACGCCGGAAAAUUGACAUACGAGGAGCUUCUACAUUUUAAAACGGGAGGACGUCCAAAACCAAAAAUGACAAUUAAACAAACUUCGUUAGACAAAAAUAGAGAAGUGAAUCGUUAUUUUAGUAAUUCGAUGUACGAUAUAGCUGAAUGGAUUUGUGGGUGUGAAGAACGAAAUGCAUUUUUUUGUUUUCCUUGUCUGCUAUUCGGUGAUGAUUAUUUAUGGAGCAAAACUGGCGUAAUUGACUUGAAACAUUUGAAAAUAAAAACACAGAAGCAUUCGCUUUUGUCAGAUCACAUAAAUAGUUGUUUUAGUUUAGCAAUGUUGGGCUCAGUUGUCAUCAAAUUGCUAUCAGAUAGUGAGUACAAUCAAGGAUUCAACAUAUACAAUGAAAACGUUUCAAAAAACAGAUUUGUUUUAAAUAAAAUAAUAAACUGUAUGGUAUUUUGUGGUGCCUUUGAACUUGCCCUCAUUAGGAGUGAUAAUAAUAUUACAGAAACUUCAGACAGUCAGGGAAUACUUCAAGGUUUAGUAAAUUUUGUAUCUGAACUAGAUGUAAUUUUUAAAGAAAAUUUUAAAAAUAGCUCAAUUUUUGAAGAUUCUUCAAAUGUUAUUAAAAAUGAACUUUUGAAGUCGAUAUUGACUGUUGUUCAUGAUGAAAUUAGGUCUGAAAUUCUUCAGGCUGAGUUCGUUGCCAUACAAGCAGAUACAAUAAUUGGUAGUAACAAUAUGACAGCAAUUAUUUUUCGGUACGUCAAAGACGGUGUUAUAUGCGAGCGAUUUUGGAAAUGUAUUGAGUCUGGCGGAACUGCUCCGCAAGAUCGAUCAGAACUGAUUUUACGAGAAUUAGAAGACAUAAUUAUUGAUAAGCAUCGAGAAAAGUUAGUAGGCCAGAGUUAUGAUGCCGCAUCUGUUACGAGCGGUGGAAUGGGCGGUGUCCACGCCAAAAUUAAACAAUUUUACCCUUCUGCUCAUUUUAUACAUUCUUACGCCCAUCAACUACAUUUAAUAUUGCAAAAAGCAGCAAGUCAGGAUAAAACCAUCAAAGUAUUUUUCGCCAAUUUAUACAGUUUUUCUUCAUUUUUCGGAAAAUCCCAAGAAAGGACGACUAUUUUAGAUGAAAUUAUUAAAGUCCGAUUUGUACAAGGAGUACCAACAUGCUGGGAUUUUAACACCAAAGUCCUAGAGACGGUUUAUACUUACAAAAACGAAUUAAUAGAAUGCAUAGAAAAAAUUAUCGACAGUGAAACAAACUACAGUUCCAUAAAUCAAGCUAUAAGUUUGAGGAAUUACUUAGACGAUGAGAUUUUUUUGUAUUGGUUAAAUUUUUUUCGUGCAGUAAUGGCACAUUGUGAUGUUUUAUUUGAUCUACUGCAAAAACGCGACAUCGACAUAAUAACAUUAGAUAGAUGUAUGAUGGAUUUUAGGAGUAAAAUACAGGCAAUAAAAUGUAAUAUUAUGACCAGUUUUACUUUUAAGCCGGGAGAAGUGACCGAGCACUCCUCAAAACGAAGAAAAAUCGAAGAUUCAACACGCCGAAUUUCACUUGAAGUUUGUAACAUAAUUAUUUGCGAAAUCGAAUACAGAUUUGGACGCAGUAAUUAUUUAAUAAUAUCCCAAUUAUUUUACUCCGAUAAAUUUAUUAACUACAGAGAAAAUUUUCCUGAAAAUAUUUUUAAGUUAGUCAAAACGGAAUAUCCUCUUAUAAAUUAUGUAAAACUUAAAACGGAGUUGGAAGUUAUGUAUAGCAGACAAGAUUUUACCAACUGUGAAGGUGCAAAUGCGUAUCUACAGUUUUUUAUUAAUCAAAAUUUGUGUGAUACUUUUUCCGAAAGCGUCAAACUUUUAAAGAUUUUGUGUACUAUUCCUAUGACGACAAUCGAAACCGGCCGUUAUUUUUCGACAUCUCAAAGAAUAAGAACGUUUUUCAGAAACACUUUGAGUCAAGAACGAAUGUGUGCUUGGGCCAUGCUAAGCAUAGAAAAACACUUAAUAAAAAACAUUAAAGACUUCAACGAGAAAGUUAUCGAUCAUUUAGCAUCCCAAAACUCCAGUGAGAUCGACCUGGUGUACAAAACUCGCUAA